UGGAAAGAUUGUGAGUAAUUUUUAUAUUCGUUUAUUUGCAAGGAGGACCACUCGCUUGCGAUUGUUAUACAAAAUUAUAAAAAAAUAUUUUUACUUAAAGCUAACAGAAUAUGACACUCACAGCGGCCAUCCGGUCAAAAUGUUAGGUGCGCAGUUUGAGCGACGAUAGGCCACAUUCAUUUAAUUUUAUUCAAAUUAAAUUUAGUAACCUUGUUAGCUAACAUAAAAAUUAAAAACAUUCCAAAUUUCACUGCUCCUCGUCGCUACUAGAGCUAAGCGGCGCUAGUUUGACCAACGUGAUGCUACAAAUUCAUUAUACAGUAUUUUUUUAUGCACAUAUUUGACUAUGGCUUCAAUAAAGUAUAUAUCCGUUAAUGUAUCUAAGCUUUUGAAUUUGGUUCGGGAUUUGGUACCUAAGCUGACAACGGAUAAGUACAAAGGCCAAAAUGGGCGAAUUGGUAUUAUUGGAGGGAGUUUGGAGUACACCGGUGCACCCUAUUUUGCUGCAAUUUCCGCGAUGAAAGUUGGUGCUGACAUAUCGCAUGUGUUUUGUCACAACAAUGCAGCUCCAGUCAUUAAAUCAUAUAGUCCAGAUUUAAUUGUUCACCCAGUUCUGGAUUGCUUAGAUGCUGUUGAAAAAAUCAUUCCAUGGGUUGAACGUUUACAUGUAAUCGUUAUUGGGCCCGGUCUGGGUCGGGAUCCGGAAGUUCUUAAAACGGCUAUGGAAUUAUUGAAAUACUGCGUGACGGUGCGAAAACCACUAAUUAUUGAUGCUGAUGGGUUAUUUGUACUUAACGAGAAUAUUGAUCUGAUAUAUGGAAAGCAGAAUGUGAUAUUGACCCCAAACGCUAUCGAAUUUAAAAGAUUGUUUGGAGAGGAUCCACUUUUAGCGAUGGAUAAAAUAACGCCUUUGGGAGAAGGAGUAUUAGUGUUAGAAAAAGGGUUAACCGACAAAAUUUAUAUUCCGCACACUAAAGAAAUUUACUCAAUGCCUAUUGGAGGAUCUGGCCGAAGGUGUGGUGGACAAGGGGACUUACUAAGUGGAUCAAUAGCAACAUUUUUUUUUUGGACUUUGCAGUCAAACCAACCAAAUCCAGCAUAUCUAGCUGCUUGUGCGUCAAGUCAUUUUGUAAAGAAAUUAAAUCUAGCUGCAUUUAACAAAUUAGGUAGAGGCAUGGUUGCAAGUGAUAUGAUAAUUGAAAUACCUACCGUUUUUCACGAUAUCUUUGAGUAAUUAUUCAACUUUCAAAAUUUUUUUUAUCAUUACUUUAACGAUACCUUAAUCAUGUCAAGGUGCCAAUAUCAUUAGACGGCAGUACACGAAUUGAAGAACCGUAUGCCUUAGUAUGCGCUAGAAGAUACAUCCGGCCUUGAGCUCAUCAUAUAUUCACUGUAGGAAUAGACCUUGAUACUCGGGCUUAUUUUACUUUAGCAACAAUAAUUAUAGCUGUUCCAACUGAAAAUUUUCAGAUGAUUAGCUCCAUUACAUGGAACUCAAUUAAAUUAUACUCCUGCUAUUUUAUGAGCAUCAGCAUUUGUAUUUUAUUUAUAGUAGGAGGAUUAACAGGAGUUGUUUUAGCUAAUUCUUC